UUUGGUCCAUGUAUUAUUAGGUCUAUGAUCAUUAUCAAAUCAAAGUCGAGGCAAGCCGAAAUAGGUGUUUUACGUAUACCUAGUUUUAUAUGAAACUGUAAAAUAAAAAUGUUCCAUUUCGUUCGAAAAUCUGCUAUCAGUAGCUCUGGCAUUUUAAAAAGUAGUCUGACAGUAAGAUGUAUAACAGAACGAGAAUGUUUUCAAUCCCCUAUAAUUUCAAUGAAUAUUAUAAAUUCCAAUUUGUCCUUCACAAGCAAUCAUUACAGCUCAUCAGAUAGUACAGUUUCACCUGUGCUUUAUUCUAAAAAAAUUGUAUUUAGGAAUAUAUCAUUUUCACCUAUAGAUUUAAGUAAAGAACCUUUGAAGCCAUCUUCCAAAGUGGAAGUAACAGUAGAGAAUUUAAAAAAGAAAAAGGACGAUGAACAAAAAGCUUCUACUGCAAUAAUUCAUGAGCCUGUAAAGGAAAUAAUGAAAAAAAAAUCUUUGAAAGAAAAAAUUGUUGCUGAACUAGUUCAUUAUUAUCAUGGUUUCCGAUUACUUUUCAUUGAUAUGAAGAUAUCAUGUGGCUUAUUAUGGAGAGUGUUGAACGGAUAUAGCUUAAGUAGACGUGAAUAUCGUCUCUUAAUCAGAACUACUGGAGACAUGUUCCGUCUUCUGCCAUUUUCAGUUUUUAUAAUUGUACCUUUUAUGGAGUUUCUAUUACCUGUUUUCAUCAAAUUUUUUCCUGGAAUGCUACCUUCAACUUUUCAGACAGCAUCAGAUACAGAUGAUAAAAAUAAAAAAAAUUUAAAGGUGAAAUUGGAAAUGGCAAAAUUUUUACAAGAAACAUUAGAUAAUAUGUCCUUACAACACAAGGAUCAUUAUUCAGAAGAGGCAAAACAGUUUGCUGAAUGGUUCCAUCGUGUGAGAACAUCAGGUGAAAGAGUAUCUAAUGAGGAAAUAAUGAAAUAUUCUAAACUAUUUGAAGAUGAAAUUACUUUGGACUCUCUAUCCCGGAGCCAAUUGGUAGCUUUAUGCAGAGUGCUAGAAGUACAAACACUUGGAACUAAUAAUUUAUUACGUUUUCAAUUAAGAAUGAAACUUCGUUCUUUAGCAGCAGAUGAUAAAAUGAUACAGAAAGAAGGAAUUGAUGCUUUAACUUUAGCUGAAGUUCAACAGGCUUGUAGGUCUAGAGGUAUGCGGGCAUAUGGUUUAUCUGAAGAACGUUUAAGAUCCCAAUUAUCUCAGUGGUUAGAUUUAAGUUUAAAUGAGAAAGUUCCACCUUCCCUACUUCUUCUAUCAAGGGCACUAAUGCUUCCUGAGACAAUUCCAACAAGUGAUCAAUUGAAGGCAACUAUUUCUACACUACCUGAUGCUAUUAUAACACAAACCAAAGCUGCCAUUGGAGAAAAGGAAGGUAAAAUUGACAAUAAAGUAGCAUUUGAACUAUUAAAAGAAGAGGAAAGAAGGAUUAAAGAAGAGAGAAAGGAGAAGAAGGAGCAAGAAGACAAAUUAAAAGAAAAAGUGGAUAAAGAGACCUUAGUAGACACUGCUCCUAUAAUUUCUGUAGAUUCAGAAAAAUUAACACUAGAAAAAUUGAAUGAAAAGCCUAAAGAUAGGGAACUAGAAACAAAAGAUAUAGAGAUAAUUGAAAAUGCAUUAGAUAGUAUUUCAAAAGAGAAAAAGUUUAUUGUUGAAAAAGAGGAACUACAGGAUCUCAAGGAAGAAUUAGCUGAUUAUAAGGAAGAUGUUGAGAAUCUUGAGAAAGCUGUUUCUUCACAAGAGAAACCAGAGAUAAAAGAAAGUAAAGCUGCUAAGAGAUUAUUCAAUAGAGUUAAUAAAAUGAUACAUAAACUGGAUACGAAGCUUGUGGAGCUCAAUGAAAAGGAAGCACAACUCAAAAAAGAUUUGGAAAUAGAAGAGACAGAAAAAAAAAAGCAAGAAGUACUUAAAAUUGAGGAUAUCAUAACUGCAAUCAAGCAGAUAAGGGAUGUCCCAGAUCAGUCAAGAUUGGAUAAAAUCACCAAGGUAUUGAGGAAGAUUGAUGAUGAUCUUGAUGGAUCUGUUAAAGUGGAAGAUGUUUUGAAGGUUAUUGAGAUUAUUGGAAAAGAAAAUGUUAAUCUCUCAGAUAAACAAGUGGAUGAAUUGAUUGAACUCAUAGACAAAGAAGAAAUAUUGGAAGUUGAAGACAAAAUUGAGAAAGCUCUUCAAAAAGAUAAGGAAGCACAGUUGGAAAAAAACAAGGAGUCCCCAGGACAUUCUUCAACAGAUAGUGAUAUCAAAAAUAAAGAUGAGUUGCAAAAACGUGAUGAGCAAUCAAAAUCACAUAGAUCAAAAUGAUGAUUCAUAGUAAUCAAAGAAAGUAGUUUGUGUCUAAUUUUUUCAAAUCUUUAGUGGUUGAAAGUAUUUUAAUGAAAUUAUUUUUAUGAUAUGUAUAAAAUUGGAGAACUAGUGAGAUAAAUGGGAAUGUUCAAAGAAUACUUUUUUCACUCCUCAUAUAGUAUUUUUAUUAUAUUACAUGGAUACCUUGUAAAUAAUAAUCCCAUAUUCGAAAUUUUGUAUGUGAAAGUCUCAACUUAUGAAUUGAGUCGAUUUCUAAUGCAUAAUUUUCUGAGGAAAAUAUUAGUAAUAUUAAUUUGUAAGUUUGGAACUGCUGACCUUGUGAUAUGCUUUUACAGGUUAAUCAAUUGGUUCUUACCUAGUUACUAAACUAGUAAAUAUGGAUAACUUGUAUAUUUGAUGUACAUUAUUAUUAUGUUGCUUAUUUAUAGUAUUCAAAGUUUCAUUUGCUUUUUUGAGAAGUUUCUUAUUUUAAUUUGAAUACCCAUUCCUUUCUGGUUAUAUUUUUGUGAGAUAUUUAUAAGUGUAAUAUAUUGUGAAGAAUAAAAUAAAACUUUGAAUUUUGA